GAAAGAGAGGAAGGGAGAGAGGGAGGGAGGGAGAGUUUGGUUUUUUUGUUGUUAAAAAAUAUUCGUCCAUCUCAAUCGCUGUCGCUCGCUCUCUCUCUCGCUCUCUCUCGCUCUCUCUCUCGCUCUCUCUCGCUCUCUCUCUCGCUCUCUCUGUGUGUUCGCCACAAUUAAUGACCAUGAGUUCCUACUUGAUGGAGACGACUUUCGUCGACCCGAAAUUCCCUCCGUGCGAAGAAUAUUCCCAGGGCAGCUACAUCUCCAGUCAGCACGGCGCGCCAGCCGCAUUCAUCGCCCGCAACGCGGCUCACGAGUCGCCUUCCUACUCGCCCGCUACUCACCACCACCACCACCACCCAUCUCAUCCUCACCACCAUCACCAUCACCACCACCUCCUCCACCACCACCACAAUCAACACCGCACGCCGCAAGACACCCGCAACGCAGCCGUCGUUUAUCCCACGAACAGCGCACGCUUCUCCGAACGAAUCUUCGGCGGCUGCUUUGAAGACCCCACGGCGAUCUCGACCCCAAACGCCACCACCGCCACCGCCACCACCACCAGCACCACCAGCAGUAGCAGUAGCACCACCAGCACCAACAACACGCCCGAUGUUAGCCCGCUCGCUCGGCCAGCCUCAAGCCCCGAGACUCACGCCGCGGUCCCAGACUCCGACUCAUCGAGUCCAGAGGUCGCUGUGACUUCAACCACGAAGCAUCAGCAGAAGCAGCAGCUGCAGCAGCUGCAGCAGCAGCAACAGCAGCAGCAACAGCUGCAGCAGCCGCAGCAGCAGCAGCAGCAUCCGCAGGUUUACCCGUGGAUGAAGAAGCUACACGUUGGAGUCAACUCAAGCUGCAACAACAACAACAGCAGCAGCGGCAGCAGCAGCAGCAGCGAAGGAGCAGCAGGAGCAGGAGGAGGACCCAACGGGAUCUGCGUCGGGGAAUCGAAGCGUUCGCGCACCGCCUACACGCGCCUCCAGGUUCUCGAGCUCGAGAAGGAGUUCCACUUCAACCGCUACCUCACCAGGAGGCGGCGGAUCGAGAUCGCGCACGCGCUCGGCCUCACCGAGCGCCAGAUCAAGAUCUGGUUCCAGAACCGGCGCAUGAAGUGGAAGAAAGACCACAAGCUGCCCAACACCAAGACGCGAUCGGCCGCGACGGGCUCAAUGUCGGCGGCGUCUGCGUCGAAGGCGACGGCGGCGGUGGUGGUGGUAGUUGCUGCUCAUCAGCGAGUGGCUACUCACAUGGGGGCCAUUGCUGCGUCCAUGUAAGGCGGGCGGGGGGGGGAUCGUGGAGGAUGCACACACACAAAGACAAAGGCCCCCCCGUAUAGCCUGAACAGACUGUAGGGGCAAGUGCUGUUAGCGAGCACCUAUGAAGGCCGGAACUGUACACGAGGGGGUGGGUGGCCAGCAACCACGCCCGACCGCCUUUGUCUCCCUAGCGGCGAUGUUUACUACACACCGCACCAGGUACUCAUUUAGGCUGAGUCGACCUAGGGGAGGCACAGGACCGGUUCAUAUAAUCGUCACUGGUGUUGGCCGUGAGCGGGAAUCGAACCCGGGUCACCAGGUUCAUAGUGCAGCGUAGCGCUAACCGCUACACCACCGCUCCCCACACACACACGCACACACGCACACACACAAGCACACACACGCACACACACAGACGCGCCUGCAAGGAUGGAGGGAGAAACACGAGGAGGGACGGACAGAUGGACAGAGACUCGCGAUGGCAAACGGACACGCACACACACACACACGUGGAUUGAUGUAUACAGUCACACACUAAUGGAUACACACGCACACUGAUGAAAGGAUGUGACAUACACACACACACGUGGAUUGAUGUACAUACACAGACACACACACGGGUGGACACAUACUGAUGAAAGGAUGUGACAUACACGCACACACACACGUGGAGCCGAUAGACAGACAGACAUGUACGGGCAGACACACGCAGACGCUCAACAGAGAGACACAGGAAAAGUGGGGCCUUUAAAUUUCGAUUUAAAGCUUUCGUGACUGCAGGGAUUCAUCUUCUUGGUUCUUUCGGUAAAGUCACGUAGAAGGGAAGUAAUAAAAUAAUAAAAAUAAAACAUAAUAAAAUAAUUCUCACGACGUUUCGACCACAA